UGAAGGCGAUACUGUAGAGCAGAGAUUGGACCCAAAAGCCUGAAGGAGAAGCAGCAGAGACACGAAUGAUUGCUUGCAGGUCUAUCUUCAGAGUCGAUCGUGUUGGGAAAUUUUCGAGUGCUGUAGAUUACUUUCUUCAGGGACACUGUCACUAUCAUGGUUUGAGAUAUAACAGGAAAAUGAGUGGGGCAAAAGGCAUGCAAAGUGCUAUUGAUCAGAAUAAAAAGCAAAGAACUGUUAAUCGGGUAUGGAGGCCUGUAUGUACACAAGCAAGUUCCUAUGAAGAGUGCUUUGAGAAGGAUGUGAAGGUUGAAUGUGAAAGUCAGCAUGAGGUUCUUGUUGACAAGUUAGAAGAAGGAAGUCAAAGUCAAGAAGUGCACUACAGCACAUCCAGCUGUGUUUCAAAUGUUCAAUGUGUCAAUGAGGAUGCUGAAGCUGUAAAUGAAAUAGCUGACUCAGUUAUUAGUUCCAGGGCCUUGCAGGAUAAAGAUGAAAAUAAAGCUAUAGAAGAAGAACCGAUACUUUCUGAUUUAAAGCAUUCAAUUUCAGUUGAGGUAGGUGCUUCCUUAAUGCGAUUCAUCAAAGGAAAAGGAGGUUCUACACAGAAAAACAUUGAAGAGGAGAUGGGAGUUACAAUUAUAUUUCCAUCAUCAAAGAAGGAGGAUUCUAUUGUCAUUGAAGGCGAUUCUAUUGAAGGCAUAAAUAGAGCCUCAGAGAAAAUACAGGUUAUAAUUGACGAGGCGGUUAAAAACCCAAAUCUUGACUACUCUCACUUCAUAUCACUUCCAUUGGCUAUAUACCCUGAACUGGUUGAUAAGCUUGUCAGUUUUCAGAACUCCAUACUGGGAAAUCCAUGCAAAGAUGAGAAUCUGGAUAGUGAAUCAAAUGAAGAGACUUCAGAUGAUGAAGACCAACAAUUAGACAGACAACUUGAUGUUGCAGUUGAACUUAAAGUUGAAGAUGAUAGCAAACAUGUUAAAGUGGACAUAACUAACAUACCUCUUAGAAGUUACCCACCUAAAACAUCGAAGCCUUCAGCCCCUUCUGAAUUGGGAAUUGAAAAAUCCAUAUUUAUUAAACCAAAAACGUUUCACCUAACUGUACUCAUGCUGAAGCUGUGGAACAAGGAGAGAGUUGAUGCAGCUGCAAAGGUUUUGCAGAAUAUCUCCUCAAAAGUAAUGGAGGCCCUGGAUGAUCGGCCUGUCUCUAUAAGGCUGAAGGGGCUGGAUUGUAUGAGAGGUUCUCUGUCCAAAGCCCGCGUUCUCUAUGCUCCUGUUGUGGAAAUUGGCAGUGAGGACCGACUUUUACUUGCCUGUCAAGUCAUUAUCGAUGCAUAUGUUGAAGCUGGUCUUGUUCUUGAUAAAGACAGAGGACAAAAGUUGAAGUUGCAUGCCACUGUCAUGAAUGCGAGGCACAGGAAAAGGAAGAAGAAGACAAGAAAAUCUGAUUCCUUUGAUGCACGUGGCAUUUUCAAGCAAUAUGGAUCUGAGGAGUGGGGAGACUAUAUUAUCCGUGAGGCUCAUCUUUCACAGAGGUUUGUGUUUGAUGAAAACGGAUACUAUCAUUGUUGUGCUUCAAUUCCAUUUCCCGAAAACAUGCAAGUUGAUUGAGUUUUGGUAUUGAAGAUUCACCGGUUUGCAUUCAUUCCCCUCCCCCUUUUUUUUUCUUUUUUGUAGAAAAUUGAAUAAAUGGAUAAGCCAAGUAUAACUUCAGUCAUAAUUUUAGUUAUGUUCAAGUAGAGUUGGGUUUUGCUGCUGUUUUAUGAUUUUAGCUUCUAGAUUUUUAAUUUUCCAUCAUUUGUACCAUUUGUACUCAGUGAGUGCUAAAAUAUAUUCUUUUUUCUUUUUUCUUCUUUCAUUAAUGGGUUGCCAAGCAACUUUUGUAAAGUUCAUUUAAUAGUGUUCAAUCCAAAGCAGCCCUUUUCUAUUGG